UUUGCAAGGAAAAAGACACGAGAGAGAGAGAGAGAGAGAUCCACUUAGAAACGUAUAUUCCCAUAUCCCAAACGUGCACAACAUUUAAAAACACAUCUUAAGACAACUUUGAAAAUCUCAUUGCCUCAAAAACAUUCUCAACUCUUUAUCCAAGCACAAAGAUACUUCGAUCAUAUGGUGACAGAAGCUAUGAAAGCCAAGGCAGAGGUCUACCAUGGAGACAAAACAUGCAGAGACAAAUUCCGUUCCCUUUUGUCUCAAAUCGGUUUACCAAACCGGCUCCUUAGUAACCAGGAGAUUGAAGAAUGUGGUUACGUGAAGGAUACGGGUUUCGUGUGGUUAAAGCACAAGAAGAAAGACGAGAAAAAGAGGUAUCAGGACUUGUUUAGAUUCGAUAACGUUGCGGUGUGUUUCGAAGAUGAAGUCACUGCGUAUUUCGAACCCAACAAGAUCAAGAAACUCACUGGUGUUAAGGCCAAGGAGUUCAUGGUACGGAUCUCGCUCGGUGAGAUUCUUGUAAACCGUUCUUCUGGUUUGAUAACGUUCAAGACACAUGUCGGUUUAUUGUCUAAGUCGUUGCCCUUGUCCGUCUUUGAAGACGUUCAAGCUGAUCAUGAUAUCAAGGAGAAGACAAAGAAGGUUCAACAAAAAUUAAACAACACCAAAAUUUGUUUAUAUUGAAAGAAAACAGAUGAAACAAGAUGUAUAUAUGUAUAUCUUUUCAUAUGUUUUUAUAUUUACUUAAAAAUCAAUUUCUUCGGUUAAACAUUGUACAUAUACAAAACUAUUCAUUUAAUCAUUUCUACAAAUUUUCAGGAAAACAUAUAAAAUAAGAUGUAUAUGCAUGUAAUUAUUUUCAUGUUUAGGAUCAAUCUCUUUUAUCUAUAAUCUGACUAGACGGUAAAUAGUCAUAUCCAAUAUAAUUAUUUUUAAGUUUAAUUUAUACGACUCAAAUUGGUUUAAACUGUUACAAAUCAAUUAAAGUUAAUCUAAAUGGAUUAUUGCUCUACAUUAGUUAAUCAAUCAAUAAUAUUAAUAUAAAUUCACAAAGACACAAACCUAUCUAAUUUUUUAUAAUGAGUCAAAAUAAUAUUAUAAUUAAAUCUAAUAUUAGAUAAAAAUAAUUAGUGAUUUGUUUAUUCUUUGUCUAGGCUUCAAAUAAUUUUUCUAUUCGUUAAUUCUUUACAAAACUCCUAGUAGCCUAGCAAAUUUUUAACACUGACAUAAACUAUUCAUUUAACCGUUUAUAAUAAAGGAUAUAAAAAACCUUGAACCAAUUUUCACAAACACUAAAGGAUCCAAGAAAAUAAACAAAAGAAGAAAUGUAGAAAAUGCAACAUCAAACAUCCCUUAUAUAUUAAUUGAGGAACAUUUGAAAAGAUGUAACCUCAAUUUUGUAUUAAUUAAAAGAGGCCCCAAUGCAUAGGUGG